AUGACCGAUUUAGUUGCAAAAUUCAAAGAAUUAAACUUACCAUCAUCAACCGAAUUCACUCAAGAACAAAAAGCUACUAAAUCCCAAUGGGAAAACAUUUCCAACUCUGGCCAAAUUGUUACUAAUUUAAGUGAGCUAAAUACACAUUUGAAAUUCAAUGCCUUCAUCAUUCCACAAGCUUCAUUAGAACCUUCCGAAACUGAUGCUUUUGUCUUAGAACACACUUUACCGGGCCUAAAAGAUAUCAUUUCUGCUUCUAAAGACAUUAAAUCUACCGUUGCUGAAUACAGACAUAUUAUCAGGUGGGCUUUGUUUUUGAUUAAAUUAUUGAAAAUCACCGAUGAACCUGUAUUGACCGGUAUUAAUUUGGAUUUAGAUUUACCUAGAGAAAUUAUUGAAAAGAAAAAAAAAGAAGAUGCUUCAAAGAAGGAAAAACAAGGCAGUGCUAAUGAAACCAAGAAAGGAAAUAAACAGCCAAGAGGCAAACCAGAUGAGGAAACUUUGAAAAAAUUAAGAGAAGAAGCUAAGGCCAAGAAGGCUGCCAAAAAGGCUGAAAAGGGCAAGCAACAACAACAACAACAGGAGGCAGAUUCUAAACCAAAUGUUUCUGCCAUUGAUUUCCGUGUUGGUUUUAUCGAAAAGGCCAUUAAGCAUCCUGAUGCUGAUAGUUUGUACGUAUCCACUAUUGAUGUUGGUGAAGAAGAAGGUCCAAGAACCGUUUGUUCCGGUUUAGUUAAAUAUUUUCCAUUGGAAGCUAUGCAAAAAAGAUACGUUGUUGUAGUUUGUAAUUUGAAACCAGUUAAUAUGAGAGGUGUUAAGUCUUAUGCCAUGGUUUUAUGCGGCAGUGAUGAAGAUAAAAUUGAAUUUGUCGAACCACCAGCUGGUUCCAAACCAGGUGAUAAAGUUUUCUUUGAAGGUUAUGGUGCUGAAGAACCAUUAAAACAAUUGAAUCCUAAGAAAAAGAUUUGGGAAGCUUACCAACCUAAUUUUAGCACAAAUGAUAAUUUAGAAGUUAUUUUUAAAGAUGAAACUGAUGGAGGUAAAAUUAAAAAAUUAACAAAUGCAAAAGGCGAAUCCUUUAAGGUCGCUUCUAUUGUACAUGCUAAUGUUCGUUAA